AUGGGUGUCCGUCCUUUGAUUCGAAGGGCUCGCACGGUCUUUCAACAUAUCGCGUCCGGAGACAGCGAUUCUAUCGAUGAUGAGACUAUUGAGCAACGCAUAGUCCGAGAAAAUCGACGGGAAGCGAAGGGUUCCUGGGAUGGCAGCGUCGAUCCCACAAGAAGCUCCAGCGGCUCGGGGUCAUGGAAUGAGCAGCCAGCGGAAACUGUCCAGCAUGGUGUUCAGGAUGUCGAGGCCGUUACUAUGACUUGGUCGAAAACUACAUUGACCUUCAUUUUUAUCAAUAUUUGGUUUCUUUACUUCGUUAACGCCUUCCAAGCCACAAUUUCCGUCAGCUUGAAUCCUUACGUGACAAGUUCAUUUAAGGCCCAUUCACUUACAGCGGUGCCUACUGCUAUUGGCGAUGCCUUUGCAGCUUCAACCUACCUUCCCAUGGCAAAAAUGAUGGACGUUUGGGGCCGCGCAGAAGGGUUUCUCUUGACGAUUAUUUGCUUAACCAUCGGAUUGGUUCUUAUGGCAGCGUUCUAUUAUGUCGGUUUCUAUGGCUCUGAGUAUGCCAUCGACGUUAUUACGGCAGAUGCAUCGAGUUUGAGAAAUCGGGCCUUUGCAUACGCUUUUACCUCUUCCCCAUAUAUUAUCACGGCAUUCGCAGGGCCAAAAGUCGCGGACAUUUUCUACUACAAUAUUUCCUGGCGCUGGGGAUUUGGCGCUUGGGCAAUAAUCACACCCCUCUUUGCCGCACCCCUAUACAUAAUGCUGAAAUACAAUCUGCAUCAGGCUCAGAAGGAAGGCUAUCGAGUCAAACGACCCAGCGGUCGCACCUUUAUCGAGAGUAUCUGGCAUUGGACUGUUCAGUUUGACUUGUUCGGAAUUAUAGUAUUUACAGCUGGUCUCAUUCUGUUCGAGCUUCCCUUCGAUAUCGCAGACUACGCACCCGAGGGCUGGGCUUCGGGUUAUAUCAUUGCUAUGCUCGUCGUCGGUUUCUCAAUGCUCUUCUUUUUUGCAACCUGGGAGAGGUGGAUUGCACCUGUACCACUUCUUGAAUGGCGAUUGCUCACUGAUCGUACGAUUGUUGGAGCGGUGCUCUUGGAUGCCACCUACCAAUUGUCAAAUUACUGCUGGAGCUACUACCUCACAUCUUGGUUACAGGUCAACAAUGACCUGACGAUAUCUACUGCCAAUAUGGUGAACAACAUCUUCGAUGUGAUUUCUGGUAUUCUUCUAUUGUUCCUUGGCUGGGCUAUCCGUGCAACCGGUCGGUUUAAGUGGUGUCUUUAUAUCGCGAUCCCUCUCUACAUACUUGGGCAAGGUCUGCUUAUCCACUUCCGGCACCCGAACAUGAGUGUUGGUUACCAAGUGAUGUGUCAAAUAUUGCUUGCUAUCGGUGGAUCGAUUUUCAUCCUAGUGGAACAACUAGCUAUCCUAGCUGCAGUUGGCCACCAGCAUGUUGCAACUGCUCUGGCUUUGUUAAACGUCGUCGGUACGAUAGGUGAUUCCACCGGGCUCACCAUCAGUACAGUUAUAUGGCAAAACACAUUCAUGAAAGCCCUUGUACGAUAUCUUCCAGAGUCGGCAAUGCCGAGCCUGAACAAUAUUUAUGAGGAUCUCGUGACACAGACCAGCUACGCAGUCGGAACUCCCACAAGGCUUGCUAUUCAAAAAGCAUACGCCUACUCUGAGCUCAGAUUGCUUGCUGUUGGAUGCGGCAUCAUGGUUCUCGCAAUUCCUUGGACAAUUCUCAUCAAAGACAUUGAUCUAAAGAGGAAGGUCCAGGUUAGGGGAACGGUCUUCUAG